UCCAGAAAUUUCAUAAAGCAAAACCUUUACGAGUUGAGUAAAGGGAAUGAGUGUCGAGGGAAAAAGGGGGGUGGGGGGGAAAGAGGCUCUUGUGUGAUAACAGCGGUUUCCCGAGCACAAUUAAACGAGGAUAGUGACUAUUUUGCUGCCUCUUGCUGGAGGUUUUGGGUCGGAGUUUUCACCCUCCCCGUCCCCCUCCUCAACCGUCACGAUGUUGUGGUUUGUGUUAUUCCUGCCUUCGCUUUGCUCGACCCAGCGUUCGGAGCCGAUGUUCUCAGCAGUAACCAAGGUUAUGUUUCCUCCCGACUUCGACAACAACCCGACCCAGCUCAACUACGGCGUGGCCGUCACCGACGUGGACGGGGACGGAGACCUGGAGGUGUUUGUUGCGGGUUACAAUGGUCCAAACCUGGUGCUCAAGUACGACAAGCAGAAAAGAAGACUUGUCAACAUCGCCGUGGACAAUCGCAGCUCCCCGUUCUACGCCCUGAGAGACCGCCAGGGCAAUGCUAUCGGGGUAACAGCGUGUGACAUUGAUGGAGACGGCCGGGAGGAGAUUUAUGUACUCAACACCAAUAACGCCUUUUCUGGACGUGCGACGUAUACAGACAAACUGUUCAAGUUCCGAAAUGGCCGUUUCGAGGAUCUGCUAAAUGACGACAUUAACCAACACAGGGAUGUGGCCAACCGGAUGGCCGGACGCUCAGUGGCCUGCGUGGACAGAAAGGGCACAGGCCGUUAUGCCAUCUAUAUCGCAAACUAUGCCAGCGGCACCGUGGGUCCACACGCGCUUAUCGAGAUGGACGAGGCGGCGAGUGACCUUUCGCAAGGGGUCAUCGCACUCUCUAACGUGGCAGAACAAGCGGGAGUCAACAAGUUCACUGGAGGCCGGGGUGUGGUUGUGGGGCCCAUUCUGAGCCAGAGCUACUCUGAUGUGUUUUGUGACAACGAGUACGGACCCAACUUCCUGUUCCGAAACAACGGCGACGGAACUUUUACUGAUGUCGCGCAGCAGGCUGGGGUGGAGGACCCCAUGCAGCACGGCAGAGGCGUCGCCCUCGCAGACUUCAACCGCGACGGGAAGACGGACAUCGUUUACGGCAAUUGGAACGGACCUCAUCGGCUUUACAUGCAACUUAACAACCGCAAGCAGAAGUUCAAGGACAUAGCCUCGCAGAAGUUUUCCAUGCCAUCCCCGGUCCGCACCGUUAUUGCAGCCGACUUUGACAACGACAACGAGUUGGAGGUCUUCUUCAAUAACAUUGCCUACAGAGGGCCCUCGGCCAACAGACUGUUUAGGGUGAGCAGGAGAGAGCAUGGAGACCCCCAGAUUGAGGAAUUGAACGUUGGCGAGGCUUCCGAGCCAGAAGGACGAGGAACUGGAGCUGUAGCAACAGACUUUGAUGGAGACGGCCGUCUGGAGUUGCUGGUGUCUCAUGGUGAAAGUGCAGCGCAGCCCAUUUCUAUCUACAAAGUUAACCUGGGAACCACAAAUUCAUGGCUGCGUGUGAUUCCCCGGACCAAGUUUGGCGCUUUUGCCAGAGGAGCUAAAGUGGUGGUGUACACGAAGAGGAGCGGACCGCACACACGCAUCAUCGACGGCGGGUCGGGGUACCUGUGUGAGAUGGAGCCCGUUGCACACUUCGGCCUAGGGAAGGACAUGGCCACAAACGUGGAAGUGUACUGGCCAGAUGGCAUCUCAGUUGCUCGACCCUUGGAGCCGUCAGAAAUCAAUUCUGUGCUGGAGAUCCAUUAUCCGAGAGACGAUGACGACGUCACCCCCACUGUGGAAAUAGAGUGUGGUCCUGGCUUUGCUCUCAAUGAAAACGGACGCUGCAUUGAUAAAGAUGAGUGUACCCAAUUCCCCUCUGUGUGUCCCUCUGACCGCCCUGUGUGCACCAACACAUAUGGCAGCUUUAAAUGCCGCACCAAGAAAAGAUGCAACCAGGGCUUCGAGCCCAAUGAUGACGGGACCGCAUGCGUGGCCCAGGUGGCUUACUUUGGGAAGACGCGAUCCUCUGCGCAAUGCACACGCUCGGCCAUUUCGCUGUGGCUAUCGCCCAUCGGGGUGCUUCCUCUCAUCUGGGCCCAUCUCUGGAAUGGACUACUGUAGGUGCCUCCUCUUUCUCCUUCAACAAGGAUGUGCAGACACUCUCCAAGAAAACAUUCUCCUCCUCUUUCUCCUAAAACUAGCUCUAUGGAUCUGUGAUAUCAGUCGUGUUUUCCACCGUCCGUCACUUUUGGGGCUCGUCAGGAACUCGCAGGGCGCAUGCUAGAACUAUCUGUGUUAGAGCCGCGUUGCCCUCUUGUCAUCACUUGGCAUUUAUCUCUGCGGGAUUUGAACAGUGUCCAAGUAAAUAAGUGGUGGCUGCAGUGAAUUAAAAAAACAAAACAAAAACACUGCACCGAACCGACUGGCUCCUCCGGGAACAUUCAUUAGGGACAUGCCUGGGCCGUCCUCCGUAUGCGCACAAUGCUGCUCUCAUUCUGCGUUUGGGCUUACUGGGAUGCUGAGGAACACCAGGUCUCCCUACAAGUCGUGUGUGUGCGUGUGUGUGUACUGUAUGCAUGUCAGUGUGUGCGGUCGUGAACAUAUGCCAGACCAUCUGUCAGCAGUGGUGGGUUACAUUUAGUUAACUAUUAAUAACUCUACAGCACAGCAAAAAUGAUGAACAAUUUCUUUUGGAAGUGAUGGCAUGAGGUUUAAUUUUAUUUACAGGAAUCCACAUGACUUCAUUUAAAAAAAAAAAAAGCACUAUAUUAUAUUUAAUUCCGUUAACAUGAGUUUCCUUGUGCCUGUGGGCGCUCCCUGCAUGUCCCCAGGAUAAAAAAUAAAAUCAGAUUGAAAAACAUGGCAAUUUAAUAAGAAACAUUACAUUACAUUACAUUACACCAAUAAAUGCUAUAUUAUUAUUUUUGCUAUAAUUUGUGAGCAGUAAGCAUUUAAAAGCAAAUGUGAGGGCAUAUUUCUUUCAUUAAAAUAAUUCACAAGAGCCCAAGAUACUAAUUAUAAUGCAUCGCAGAUGACCUUCCAUUUGGCUUCAUUUAGCACAAUCUGGCAAUCAUUUCAACAAUCUGGUCACCAAUGGCUUGUUAAAUUGAUUUUACUUCGUUCUGAAUGAACACCAUGUCAAUUUUAGAAACAUUAAGUUCAAGGAAAAAUAUGUUUGGUUUUUUUUCGUUUUUUUUUUUUUUUUAAUCGAGCAACAUAAUAUACCGGAAAUAAAGUCUCCUUCUUGGAAAUCAAAUCAAACCAAAGUGACCAUUUAACAUUGCCUCGGGGGGAUUUUCCUGCCCAUUUCACAAAGGUCACGAUGACAGUAUAAAAGACAGCAGUGAAAUCUUGCACUUUUAAAACUCUUUUAAAGCUCUUCCACUCUGUACAGUAAUUCUGAACUCUCACCAUUAAUCAAUACCUCUAAAAUAAUUGAUCGGGCAGUUAAACAUCUUGCUGAUGAUGUCACAAAAAAAAUGCAGCCCAAUGUCUCUGCCACAAAAUACGGGCUUGUGGAUUUAAAAACACAGAGAAACAUGAUUCUGAAAAGAGUGUAAAGAACUAUUUUGGCUCCGAUGACGACCAGAAACAUUAAGCGACUGACAACGUGUUCACUCGGAUUUUCAAGUAGUUCUCCAGUGAUAAAUUCUUUUUGGAAUCCCCCCAAUCCUCAACCACACGCUCAUCCACUUCACCAUCAUCACAAAGCUUCAUCAGUUGCUUUUGGCGAACAUUGCGAUGAAAUCCUUCAAGCUCGGGUGUGAGAUUUUGUGUUGCUCAAGGACAUCUUAAAUAUUUAGUGCAUUUUUGUCAAAAACAUCACACUUUUCAUUUCAGCCCACAAUACUGAUUCUGAGAAUAAUCAAUUUUUCGGUGGGAAAAAAAAAGCGGGACCCGGCCAACAUCUGUAAAUAAAUGUAUAAAAAGAGAAAUUUCAGAUGUUUUUAAUGACAACUAAAUGGCGCUGAAACAAUUAAAAUCUCGCACAGAAGAUGCUGGAUGAAGCUGCAAUGGUGUCACGCUGUCUCCACAAGCCAAGAAACUGUUACACAGAACGUUAGCAGCUGAGCCCUGCAGAUUAGGUCCAAUCGAUUCCAGUAUUUUACAUCUUUUGCUCAUGUUUGCAGCUAAGACAUUUAAUCAAAUAGUUUUUUUUUUUUGGUGUUUGUUUUCUCUUGCGUGUACAAUAAAGAUACCCAUUUUUGGAAGAAAUGUGGAAGCUUUUAAAUCAAUUUACUGCUGUCUUAAUCCACAUAACCACUUUCUCUUCUUCUAGCAGCCAGCAUGUAAAAAAUUGGGUACACAAACUGACAAUCGGGCCUAAUUUGAACAUUUGCCUCAUAACCACAUGAAUCUGAAUGAGCGUUAAGAGCGUUAAGAGAAUACUCUGCAAAAACUCAACAAUGUGUUAAAAAGGUGAACUAUUAUUGUGGGAAAAUCCUUGUGCGUGGUCACCGACGAGUCUGACUGAGCCACAGACUCAGUGUGAUGUGAAAGUAGGAAAAUCGAAAGCGACCUGCCUCAAACAGCAAUUGCCUUGUUUGUGUCGUGUGUUUCACAAGUCAUUAACCACAAUAAAAAUGACAUGGAGAACAGUUUUCAACCACAAUGUAUGGAUAGGUUUCCAAUUACCCAUCAUGCCUUGCGACGGAUGCCGUACUGUGUGUCUCAAGAGUUCGGAGAACAUGGGUGAAUGGUGAAGCGUGAAGUUUUUUUCUAUCGUUAAUUUUUCCGUUUGGUGUAAAAGUUAUGACAUCGUUUAAAGGAAAUGCAAAUGUAGUGGACAAAAACAUGUUUGAUGCUUUAAGCAGAGCCAGAAGGACAUCGGUGGGAAAAAUCCACAUGAAUUUCAAGCAAGCGACUGGAGUGACGAUGUGGAAGGCUACCCUGAUGUUACAUAUCCGAUAUCGUUAAUUAUCUCGUGAAUUCUGUGAGCGCAUAUACCCUUGAUGAACUAAAGGCUUACAAAUCUCUACAAGCCUACAAUGACUUUGUAAGUGGGUGGGCUCAAGAUGUACGGCAACGGGUGAUCGGUAAUCAGUGUAUAAUGGCGGCUCGAGUAAGACAUUCUCAGAGGUCUACCGAUCCACUACUAUGUCCCUGGAUCAUAUCCCAAAAAGAUGGCGGCGUUCUCUCCGGUCAUUGUACUUGGAUGGCCAGUCUUGGAGAAGUGUGUUCACACGUGGCUUCAGUAAAAUUACGGGCUAGCAUGACAGUUAUAGAAGGGAGGUCUUACUGUUGUACUGCCCUCUGCAGUUAAAAUUGUAAGUCAAAUUUUUUCUCUUAAAAUCUUUGAAUCUUUAUAAUAAAGAAUUCUUUGUCAUACCUUUGCAUAGAACACAAUUUAUUCAUUCCUUCUUGCCUGAAGUAUUUAAUUGAAAACGUUACGUGUAAUAAAAUCACCCGACCAAACUUUAUAGUGUCUCUUUGUUGGAUCAGGAAGAAAUCCUGCUCGGUUGAUCCUCGACAACCAUAGGUUCCGUCUUUCUGUCGACAGUCGCUUAGUUUUACUUCCCUGGUUGACAACGACCUUUGGAAUAUCAAAAUACUACCUCUUUGUUUGCCCAGAUUCAGCGCGGUUAGUACAGCCCCAAACUAGGCAUGUGUGGUCCAUAUUAUCGGACGAAAGGGGUUUGCUUGCUUUGUUGACAUAGAUGCUAACUUACUUCAGACACUCAAAAUGGCGGACAAGGGACUCCAGGGAGUGUGGCGACGUAAUCGGAAACCUAUCCAUUACUAGAUAAGAUAACAGCUAUCUUAGCUUCUUUUAGUUCUUCUUUAAUGUAUUUACCGGCAGUCUAGAUUUCCUGGAACACCGUCCUGCCUCUCACAGGUCAGCCUUGGUACUGCGGCAGACAGCAAGCACUUUUGAUGGAAAUAUUUUUCCAUUUGUUCAUUUAUCCAUUAUCUAUCAUUGGGAGGUUUGUUGUGUUGGUCAUCCCGCCAACGCAUUAUGAGAGCAGCACAAACAGACGUGCAGAUUUUUUUUUCUUUGUCAUUUCUGGGGUCUCACACUUAAAAAAAAAACAAAAAACGUCUGUGUGCCCCCAUGUUAGUUACGAUUCCGUGAUCAAUCUUUUCUUAUUUUCAUUUACGUGUGGCAAAGAGGGCAGUCAUUUCAAUUUGUGACACUGAUUACUGUACUUUUCAUUAAACUUAAUGCCAUAUUUAUCUUUAAAGCACAUUUCCGCCCAUGGAUACAACUAUCACAUUGGGAAACAUGGCAAAGGCCCACUAACUGUGAAAAGCCAGGGGAGGAUUGUUCAAAGUAUGAGCUAAUCCUCGAGAAAAUAAAAGGGGGGAAAAAAUGACAGCAAUGGAUAGCUCUGCUCGACUGCUUUGGACUUAUCUGGAAGAGGUAUUACAUCGUUUUUGGGAAGAGGGGAAGUAUACACGAUGACAGAAAGACAUCAGUGAAUACAAUCACAGAACACUGUGAUAAAUUUUGGCUCGGGAGGAAACUCAGCCUGCAAAAUGGUGUUAUUGAACGAUUUCCAGCAGAUCGUCUUCGGGACAGGGGAUGCUAAGUGUGUGCUGCAUCUUUUAUGCACGGUACCUCCCAAAGAUGAAACAAGGUCUUUAUUUUCCAUCCACUAAGUGAACCAACACUGGAACGCAACGUACACGUUUGUGCAAAAUAACCUGCAUGCACAAAUCAUCCAAUUUCCCACAGGCACACAAUGUCGACGUUCAACUUGAGUGUUGAAG